ACAUCAGCUCAAGAUUUUAAGCAAGUCUCUCAGGAAACAGAUCACGGGGCUGGCAGUAUGAGCCGGUGCCUUUGGAGCACUGAGGUGCACAGGGUCCCUUAGCCAGGAGCAGGGCGCGCAGCCCAGGCUGAGGUCUGCGGCUUCUGUGGAAGUGAGCAUGGCUGGGCAGCGGGUGCUGCUUCUAGUGGGCUUCCUUCUCCCUGGGGUCCUGUUCUCACAGGCUGCCAAAAUCCUGACAAUAUCUACAGUAGGUGGAAGCCAUUAUCUACUGAUGGACCGGGUUUCUCAGAUUCUUCAAGAUCACGGUCAUAAUAUCACCAUGCUUAACCACAAAAGAGGUCCUUUUAUGCCAGAUUUUAAAAAGGAGGAAAAAUCGUAUCAAGUUAUCAGUUGGCUUGCACCUGAAGAUCAUCAAAGAGAAUUUAAGAAGAGUUUUGAUUUCUUUCUGGAAGAAACUUUAGGUGGCAGAGGAAAUUUUGAAAACUUAUUAAAAGUUCUAGAAUACUUGGCGUUGCAGUGCAGUCAUUUUUUAAGGAGAAAGGAUAUCAUGGAUUCCUUAAAGAAUGAGAACUUCGACAUGGUGAUAGUUGAAACUUUUGACUACUGUCCUUUCUUGAUUGCUGAGAAGCUCAGUAAGCCAUUUGUGGCCAUUCUUUCCACCUCAUUCGGCUCUUUGGAAUUUGGGCUACCAAUCCCCUUGUCUUAUGUUCCAGUAUUCCAUUCCUUGCUGACAGAUCACAUGGACUUCUGGGGCCGAGUGAAGAAUUUUCUGAUGUUCUUUAGUUUCUGCAGGAGGCAAUGGCACAUGCAGUCUGCAUUUGACAACACCAUCAAGGAGCAUUUCACAGAAGGCUCUAGGCCAGUUUUGUCUCAUCUUCUACUGAAAGCAGAGUUGUGGUUCAUUAACUCUGACUUUGCCUUUGAUUUUGCUCGACCUCUGCUUCCCAACACUGUUUAUGUUGGAGGCUUGAUGGAAAAACCUAUUAAACCAGUACCACAAGACUUGGAGAACUUCAUUGCCAAGUUUGGGGACUCUGGUUUUGUCCUUGUGACCUUGGGCUCCAUGGUGAACACCUGUCAGAAUCCGGAAAUCUUCAAGGAGAUGAACAAUGCCUUUGCCUACCUACCCCAAGGGGUGAUAUGGAAGUGCCAGUGUUCUCAUUGGCCCAAAGAUGUCCACCUGGCUGCAAAUGUGAAAAUUGUGGACUGGCUUCCUCAGAGUGACCUCCUGGCUCACCCCAGCAUCCGUCUGUUUGUCACCCAUGGUGGGCAGAAUAGCAUAAUGGAGGCCAUUCAGCAUGGUGUGCCCAUGGUGGGGAUCCCUCUCUUUGGAGACCAGCCUGAAAACAUGGUCCGAGUAGAAGCCAAAAACUUUGGUGUCUCUAUUCAGUUAAAGAAGCUCAAGGCAGAGACAUUGGCUCUUAAGAUGAAACAAAUCAUGGAAGACAAGAGGUACAAGUCUGCAGCAGUGGCUGCCAGCGUCAUCCUGCGCUCCCACCCGCUCAGCCCCACACAGCGGCUGGUGGGCUGGAUUGACCACGUCCUCCAGACAGGGGGUGCGACUCACCUCAAGCCCUAUGUCUUCCAGCAGCCGUGGCAUGAGCAGUACCUGCUUGAUGUUUUUGUGUUUCUGCUGGGGCUCACUCUGGGCACUCUAUGGCUUUGUGGGAAGCUGCUGGGUAUAGCUGUCUGGUGGCUGUGUAGGGCCAGAAAGGUGAAGGAGACAUAAGGCCAGGUGUGGCUUUGGUGGAGUCUGUUUGGUGGGUGAUGUCACCAUUUCUAGGGGGCUUCCCACUAGUUCUGGCAACCCUGUUCUCCAGUCCUUCUAGUUAUCUCCUGUUUUCUUGAAGAAGAGGAAAAAUGGCCAAAAAUCAUCCGCUCCACUUGCUAAUUCUGCUACAAAUUCAUCCUUACUAGCUCCUGCCUGUUAGCAGAAUUCUUUCCAGUCCUCUUGUCCUCCUUUGUUUGCCAUCAGCGAGGGCUGUGCUGUGAUUCUGUCUCUAAGUGACUUGGACCACUGACCCUCAGAUUUCCAGCCUUAAAAUCCACCUUCCUUGUCAUGCGCCUCUCUGAAUCACAGCCUGACCAUUCCAGACUCCCUGUCCAGAUCUUCUCAGCCUCUUUCAGUCACCAUGUGUCAUGGAAUAACACCGAGAAAGACAACUCGCAUAUUCUUUCCGUUUCUGUUCUGUUCUCCUGCAUAUUCUCUUCAAUGCUCAGGAACCCUGCCCUGUGCUUG